AUGGUGACUCCCCGGCUGCCGCUGAUGAGCAGCUUGGCGCUGCUGCACGCGGCGUCGAGCGCGGCACAGACCCUGUGCGCCGACAUCAACACGUCUCCUGAUGGCCCAAGAGCGGAUGUAUACCAGAGCGUGGGAAAGUGCACGUCGACGUGCGGUGGCCAGUUUGCCCUCGUGGUGAUGCAGUCGAGCAACUGCUGGUGCACAAACUACAUGCCCGACGCGGCCUCUCAAAAGGACGGCUGCAGCUUCCCCUGCCCGGGGUACCCCGACGACACGUGCGGCGGCAAAGGCAGAUACAGCUACGUCUUGGUGAAUGCGGACCUGGUGGCCGGCACCAGGGGCGGCGGCAACAGCGACAGCAGCAGCAGCAGCAGCAGCAGCAGCAGCAGCAGCACGACGCCGUCGGCGACGUCGUCCUCCCCGAGCGAUACGGCCACGGUCAAAUCGAACCCGGCGCCGGUCGUACCUCCGCAGGUCAUGACGGUGGAUGGCGCCGUGCGGACCGUCACCGUGGCGCCGAGCCCCACGGAGGCGUCCGAUGGUGGUGGUGGUGGUGGUGGCGGCGGCGGCAUCAAGGUCGGCACCCUGCUGGGCAUCGUCUUCGGGUCCAUCGCCGCCGUCGCGGCCGUCGCCAUAGGCACCAUAUGGUUCGCGUACCGGCGCAAACAGGACGACGGGGCCGGCAACAGCGACGGCGCCAGCAGCCCCGGCCAUUCGAGCAAGACGUCGAGGAGCUCCCUCGGCAACGUUUCCAACCCCUUCUCCGACACGAGGUCCCACGGCCUGUACUCGUGGCGGAACAGGUCCGGCAGCCUGGAGUAUCUGCCCGAGAAGGAGACGACGCUGCGUGUGGCGAACCCCGACCGCACCUAG